AUGAGAAUGCCCAGAAGAGGCUUAGUAAUUCAAGCCAGGACUCGCUGGCUACUAGUGGGCCUUGCCUUACUAUUCAGUUUAGUCUUGCUCAUGUAUUUGCUCGAGUGUGCUCCACAAACAGAUAGUAAUGGAUCUCUGCCUGGUGUUGUAGGUGAAAACAUGGGUAAAGAAUACUAUCAAGCUCUCUUGCAGGAACAAGAAGAGCAUUAUCAAAAUCGAGCUACCAGUCUGAAACGUCAGAUUGCCCAGUUAAAGCAAGAGCUUCAGGAAAUGAGUGAUAAAUUGAAAUCCCUGCAGGAAAAAAAGAGCCCCAAGGUCAAUGGUAUGAACUACCAGGGCACCAAAGAACAAGCAUCCAAUGAUCUCCUAGAGUUUCUUCAUUCCCAGAUUGACAAAGCGGAGGUGAGCAUGGGGGCCAAACUGCCUAGUGAAUAUGGUGUCAUUCCUUUUGAAAGCUUUACCUCCAUGAAGGUGUUCCAGUUAGAGAUGGGGCUCACUCGGCAUCCAGAAGAGAAGCCCGUUAGAAAGGAUAAACGAGAUGAAUUGGUGGAAGUUAUUGAGGCUGGUCUGGAAGUUAUCAAUAAUCCAGAUGAAGAAGAUGGACAAGAUGAAGAUGAUGGACUAGGAGAGAGACAGCUGUAUGGUGACAGUGAUUUCAUAGAAGGUUACUAUCGUACAGAAAGAGAUAAAGGGACACAGUAUGAGCUGUUUUAUAAGAAGAUGGAUGGCAUGGAAUACAGGCAUGUCACAUUGUUCCGACCCUUUGGACCCCUCAUGAAAGUGAAGAGUGAAACGGUUGAUAUUUCUAGAUCAAUGAUUAACAUUAUUGUCCCUCUUGCUGGAAGAACUGAGGCAUUUGCACAAUUUAUGCAAAACUUUAGAGAUGUAUGUAUUCAUCAGGAUAAGCGUGUUCACCUCACAGUGGUAUAUUUUGGACAAGAUGGGCUGUCAGAAGUAAAAAGCAUCCUAGAAUCUGUAGCCAGAGAAACUGACUUCCACAAUUACACGCUUGUCUCUCUGAAUGAGGAAUUUAACCGAGGCCGGGGACUUGACAUGGGUGCCAGAGCCUGGGAAAAGGGUGAAGUUUUGAUGUUCUUCUGUGAUGUUGAUGUUUAUUUCACAGCUGAGUUCCUCAACAGUUGUCGCUUAAAUGCUGAGCCUGGGAAAAAGGUGUUUUAUCCUGUGGUAUUCAGCCUUUAUAAUCCUGCUAUUGUCUAUGCCAACCAAGAUAUACCACCCCCUGUGGAGCAACAAUUGGUACACAAGAAGGAUUCUGGAUUCUGGCGAGAUUUUGGCUUUGGGAUGACAUGUCAAUAUCGGACAGACUUUCUGACUGUUGGGGGUUUUGACUUGGAAGUGAAAGGCUGGGGUGGUGAGGAUGUUCACCUUUACAGAAAGUACUUGCAUGGUGAUCUUAUUGUGAUCAGGACACCAGUCCCUGGUCUCUUUCACCUCUGGCACGAAAAACAUUGUGCAGACGAACUGACUCCAGAGCAGUAUCGCAUGUGUAUCCAGUCCAAAGCCAUGAACGAGGCCUCUCACUCACACCUUGGGAUGCUGGUCUUCAGGGAGGAGAUCGAGACUCACCUCCGUAAGCAGGCUUACAGGACUAACAGUGAAGCAGUGGGUUAAAUGUCACCCCCCAGGAUGUUGGAUGACUUCAAAUUCACAAUGAACCAGCAUCAUUUUACAGCCUUAAUUCAGCUUACAAAUGC